CUUGACAUAGAGAUGAAAUUGCAUUCAUUACGAUAAGUGAUAACAAGCUCGCCUUUACCACAUCGACUACAAGCAACCUGGUUGAUAUACACUGUUGAGUGUGUGGAAAACACUCCGUUACGUAGUGUUGAAUUACGUUAACUAUUAGGGACAAAGGCACAGCCGGAAGCCAACUGUUGAAAGCCGAAGAGUCACAGGGCGCAAGCCUAGCAUAUUAUGGUACUCCCACAGGAAACUGGUGAACUUUUCAUGACUUUAUAAUGAAUCCGUCAUCAUAAGACACUAUAAUCUGGCCGAAUGGCAGAUACAGAAGAAAGGAGUUUGGUGUCACCAUUGAGUGACCCGCAAGGAUAUACAGACUGCGGUCCAAUACAGUCGGUCAUUGAUGAAGCUUCCCCUCUGCUUGGUUCCUCCAGGGACAUCAAGUCCUACAAGAGGCGGUGGUAUGUGGUCCUGGUCUUUUCCUAUGCCGCACUGCUCCAGGCCGCGGUGUGGAACUGUUUCGGACCUAUAGCUCAGUCUGCCGAGGCUGUGUUCGGGUGGACGGACGCUGAAAUAGGCAUGUUGAACAACUGGGGGAAUAUUGUGUACAUUGUGUUUAUGGUCCCUGUUGCCUGGCUGAUGGAUGUCAAAGGCCUGCGGACGUCGAUGCUGUUGUGUGCCGUGUUGAUAGUGCUGGCGACGGCGAUGAGAUGCAUCACGAGUGAGCCUGUCCCCGCAACAUGGUUGAUAAAUAUCGCAGCCAUAUUGAAUGGUGUUGCUGGGACAGUAUCCUUCGCUGGCCCAUCCCUCGUGUCCGCCACGUGGUUCCCGCCACACCAGAGGGCCACUGCGACGGCCGUCUCCACCGUGCUGGGCUACAUGGGGAUCUCGGGAGGUUUCAUAAUAGGUCCCCUGUUGGUGCCUGAACCAGAUCAAGACACGAAUACAACGGAUACACGUCUACAAAACUGCUCCAGAGAUGACGCCGAUCAAAGUUGGAACAUCACCAACGCCAUUGACGUCUCUGCAGAGAGGGACGGUUUGAUGCUUCUCAUGUAUGUAGAAUGUGCUGCGAGUGUCCUGCUGCUGCUACUGGUGGUGGUGUACUUCCCCGCCAGGCCCCCAUCACCCCCGAGCAUCACCGCGUCCAUUGAGAGAACCGGCUACCUCCAAGGAGUGAAAGGAUUGCUCACACACAAGCGUUUCCUGCUGAUCUUGAUGGCAUACGGUACACCCACUGGGGUAUUCGCUGCGUUUGGGGCAGUGCUAGACGUCAAUCUGGAGGACGUCAAUAUAUCGCAGAACCAGGCGGGCUGGAUGGGGUUUUACGCCACGAUGGGAGGCAGUGUAGCAGCCCUCCUCAUGUCCAGGCUCGCCGAUAUGUUCAUGCGUCGCAUGAAGGUGAUGUUGUUGCUGCUCUUCGUCCUGGCUACAUCGGCAACCGUCUGGUUCGUGCUGCUGCGUCUCGCGUUCAUUCCCUUCAGUAUGGUGUCCCUGUACAUAUCCUACACCCUGGAGAUCUUGUGUGGCUAAACUAUUCGUGUUCUUCCCGUCCCAGUGUCCCUGUACAUAUCCUACACCCUGGAGAUCUUGUGUGGCUAAACUAUUCGUGUUCUUCACGUCCCAGUGUCCCUGUACAUAUCCUACACCCUGGAGAUCUUGUGUGGCUAAACUAUUCGUGUUCUCCACUCCCCAGUGUCCCUGUACAUAUCCUACAUCCUGGAGAUCUUGUGUGGCUAAACUAUUCGUGUUCUUCCCGUCCCAGUGUCCCUGUACAUAUCCUACACCCUGAAGAUCUUGUGUGGCUAAACUAUUCGUGUUCUUCACGUCCCAGUGUCCCUGUACAUAUCCUACACCCUGGAGAUCUUGUGUGGCUAAACUAUUCGUGUUCUCCACUCCCCAGUGUCCCUGUACAUAUCCUACAUCCUGGAGAUCUUGUGUGGCUAAACUAUUCGUGUUCUUGCCGUCCCAGUGUCCCUGUACAUAUCCUACACCCUGGAGAUCUUGUGUGGCUAAACUAUUCGUGUUCUUCCCGUCCCAGUGUCCCUGUACAUAUCCUACACCCUGGAGAUCUUGUGUGGCUAAACUAUUCGUGUUCUUCACGUCCCAGUGUCCCUGUACAUAUCCUACAUCCUGAUCGGAGUGUUCAUCAAUGGCUCUGUACCUCUGUUCUAUGAGCUGGGCUGCGAGGCGUCCUACCCUAUAGCUGAGGGGGUGACGACCGGGAUGCUCACACUCGUUAAUUCUCU